AUGGAGCCCCGUCAGCGCAGCCCGACCCCGCUUUUGAAGACGUGUCGCACAUGUGCUCACGCCAAAAUCAAGUGCGACCGAACGCAGGACUCGGUCAUCUGCGAUAGAUGCCUCCGGCUCGGCAAAGAGUGCUCGUAUGCGCCGGCCCGUGGCCGUAAACCUCCGGGAUCCCGUUCAAGGUCGAACAAGCUACUUCAUGUCCCCGAUCAAUCGGCCCCUCCGCCGCCCGCGGAAAGUCCUGCCGCAUCUUCAUCUAACCACAGCCGGAGCCCUCCUCCAGCCACUGCCAGUUCCGGUCUUCCAAGACCAAGGCUUGAGGGACAUGACCCGUUCGAUGCCGGCCAGCUCACGGUGGAGAGGGGCCAAGAGCUCCUCGACCGAUUCCGCACAAAGCUUACUCCUCACUUUCCGUUUGUCAUAAUUCCCGCCGACGAGAAUGUGAACACCUUGAAGCAGACCAAACCAGCCUUAUGUCUGGCGCUGAUGGCCGCAGCAUCCUACGAUGACGUUCGUCUUCAGCGGGCUCUAGGCCAGAUGUUUAAUGAACUAAUUGCCGCUCGUCUAAUUGAAGGCGACUUUACCUCUCUGCACAUACUCCAAGGUCUCCUCGUUCAUCUUGCCUGGGCUCAUUUUCAACCGCGACCCAAGCGCUACACUCAACAUCUACAUCUGGCUGUCAGCAUAGUUUCGGAUCUCCGUCUGGAUAGGCCAAAAAACGUGCAACGAUGGAAUGUUGAACGGUCAGAGCGGACGGGAACGGCCCAGCAUUACAUUGAGUCUCUUGAUGAGCAGAGGGCCUUCCUCGGAACAUAUUAUCUCUCAUCGUGUUCGAGCAUUGUUCUUCAAAAGCUCCGCAUUGUUACCCUUACAACCUAUACGACGGAGACUGCUGAUCGGCUCGCCGAAGUAUCUGAAUACCCAACGGACCAGUACCUGCCUUACAUCAUUCGUCUUCAGCGAGUCGCUGAAGACAUCGAUGACAUCGUGAAAAACGAGUCAACACUAGAUCCAAUGCAAAUACAAGCGGCUGUUUCAGAUGCUAGAGAAAGGAUAGACCUUUUCAAGAACAACUUGUCGUUCCCCCUAGGAGACUGUCCAAUUUUGGUGCCCCAGAUGCAUACGAUCCAGUUGUGCCUCAACCAGCUCUCGAUUCCCGAUGCGCCUUUCGCUCUUCACAAGCCGCAGAAUCCCUCCUCGCAGCGACUAAUUCAGGGAUUAUCGGAGAGCAUUGUCUCCGCAAAGUCCCUCGUCAGCAUCCUCCUGCAUACCCCUCCAGGCCAAGAGGUGUACUUCCCCAAUAUUGUCUGGGUCAUGCUCCAUUGCGGAAAUACUCUGGCAGCUCGCCUAGACCUUCAAGCCGCGGACCCUAGGAUAAGCUUUAUGACAGAACAUCUUCGGCAGUUCUCCGACAUCGGCCACACCAUUCGCCAGGUUGUUCUUAGACUUGAGUCUGCAACAUCGCCAGAAGUGGACGACAGAGGCGAUAGAGAUUCCUUUUAUCAUUUUCUCAUACGCACAAAGCGUGUUGAAACAUGGUAUCUGGAUCAGCAAAAACUUCUCACAAGUCAGCAUGGUGUCUCGCCUCAAGGACUCAACGUCCCCACGACAAGGUCUCUUUCGAGCCUUGGUACACCGACCUCCAACUUAUCGAGUCAACCAGUUGCGUUUGAUUAUUCCGUCGCGCCGUCAGUCUUCUCGCAACCAGCGAUAGCUUCAGCAAGCAACACUAUGGCAUACACAGAUUUCAUACUGCCCGAAAAUGCUGCGAUGACCUCAAACGCCGAAUUCCCUGUAGAUUCUCUUUCAUUCGUAAACGACACUUUCAUACCGUUCAAGAGCUGGAACUACGCAAUAGGGAGUGAUCAUGGGGGUGAUGCUCAGUUUUACAUUGAUCAGAACUCUGAGGAGGUGAGGUCGUUCACGGAUCAAUUCACCAAGCUAUUCGAUCAACUCAUUCAGAAAGGAGGAUCGGAUGACUUUGGCGCCAUUACUCCGAAUACUACUUCUUUCUCGGUUGUCUUGUUCUCAGGCUCCCACGAGUCUGAGGAGAAUCCCGUCUUUUUCGAAUAUCAUCACACGGCAUCCGAAGCCCCCAAGGAUUCGAGCCUAGACUCCGACACUAUCUUCCCACUCGGCACACUAAGUCAACUCUUCACAGUCUAUGCGUGGCUCGUGGAAGCUGGCGAUGGGCAUUGGGGGACACCGAUUACUCAGUUUAUCCCAGAACUACGCAAUGCGUCCACUGAAUUGGCAGUCAAGUGGGAUGAGAUCACCAUCGGGGCAUUGGCUGGCCAGAUGUCCGGCCUUGCAAGGGAUUCUUUCGCUUGCAGGCUGGAUGGGUCCUGCACCCGCAACGACUUCGUUGAGAAGUUCGCUACACAGUCACCGCUGUUCCUACCUGAUACAACUCCGGCGGUUUCGAACGCUGCUUUCCAGCUCCUUGCUUUUGCACUUGAAGCCUAUAAAGCCGGCAACCGAACUUCGCCUUUCGAUCAAAUCCUCGACACGGCGAUCUUUGAACCGCUUAACAUGACCAAUACCGGAUUUCUGGCCCAAAAUAAGAAAGUCUUCGCAGAUGGCCUCAAUACGUCGGCUAUCGGAGAACCUGGCGCGCUAUCGGCUAUUUCUACCGCCUCAGACCUUGCACGUGCUGGCCAUUCCAUGCUUAGUUCACGCCUCAUCCCCAAAGCCGCAACCCGUCGUUGGCUCCAACCCAUUGCCGAUACAUCAAACUUGCGAAAUGGUGUUGGUCGCCCAUGGGAGAUCUACCACGCGGGCCAGUAUGCGAACAGCUCCAUCCUCGAUGUCUACACUAAGACAGGUCUGAUUGGCCACUACGCAAGCUACUUUGGUCUGGCCCCAGACUUCAACGCAGGCUUCGCUAUUCUUGCUCAUGAUAGCGAAGCUGCCCGAGGACCUGACUUGAAUGUCUACGCUGACAUUGUCUCUCUUGCAAUUGUGCAGUUGCAGAAACUCGCAGCUGCAGAGGCGAAAGCAAGAUACGUUGGAUCCUUCGAUGGGCCUGCAGGGUCAGCAAGCUUCAACGUAUCGAGCGAUGGUCCUGGGCUCAUUGUGACAUCGCUAAAGAGGGGUGAAGUUGAUCUCCGGAAUGAGAUUGCGGCCUUCGCUGGCAUCAAACUUGAGAAUUUUGAUUUUCGUCUUUACCCUAGCAACGUGAUGACUGAGACUCAGCACCAGUUUGUCGCCGUAUUCCAAGACAAGAGCGCGCCCGUCGACAUGGGCACACCCACUUGCAUCACCUGGCAAGACGUUGGCUCUCUGGGGCCCAGUGUGGACGUCCGAUUUGUGUUCGAUAUAGCCAAUACAGGGAAAGCUUCAGCAGUGACGUUUGACGGUGGCUCGGUUGCUCUUCCAAGGUCUGGCUGA